AAGUAUUAUAAAUGGAAUCAAACAAAGCACAGUAAGUAGCUUUUGGCAUUAUUGUACUUUCUGUGAUCAAAACAUUCGAUCCAAAAAGAAAUAUACUUCUACUGACUCUGGUGAUCCUUCCUACCUCAUGAUCAAAAGAUUUGAAAUCUGCUAUUAUUGAUUCUUGAUCUUAUAUGCUGUUGCCAAGAAGAUGGAUACUACAAAGAUGUCUCCAGCAAAAUCUCAGUCCGGUUCACAGAGUUUAACAAGAGCUUUGGCACUAGCCUUCAAUGAGUGGCUGCUGAUGGUCAUGCUCUUUGCUAACUCCAUAUUCACCUACGUGAUCACGAAGUUUGCAGAUUACUCCCAGCUCCAGUCUCCAUGUCUUAUAUGCUCAAGGCUUGAUCAUAUCCUAGGGAGGGCCAAACAUUUGAAGGAAUCUCACUGGGACAUGUUUUGCUCUAAACACAAAUCAGAAAUCUCUUCAUUGGUUUACUGUCAUGGCAAGCUUGUAGAUGUCCGAGGAAUGUGUGAAACUUGCCUUUCCUCUUUUGGUACAACCAAUAAGUCCAGUUCUGAAAGCUACAAGUUACUGGUUGGGAAGCUGGGUGAAGAUUCUAACAGUGAUCAAAGCACGAGUACAAGAAACUGCACAUGUUGUGAUCAGAUGUGGAUACCACAAGUUGGUUCUGCUGGUGAGGUGUUGUCUAAACCGGAAACACUAUCCAAGAUUGGUUCGGUUGGUGAUGUGAGAACCGGGAAACAAACUAGUACACCAAAGAAAAGUGUCAGGUUCAAUGAUUUGCCUCACGUUGGGUACACUGAGCUCAAGAUUCAUUCAGAUACAGAACCCGAAGAUGAAUUUUUUGAAGAUGAAGGUGUUGCAGUUAAAGAAGAUGAUCAUAGGCUUCUUCAGAACGUGGACCUGGAGACUCCUCCAGUUAUCACCUUGCCUUAUGAUAUGGCUACUGAUAAGCUGAUAAAUCUUGACUCAACUUUGCAGCCUUUGGUGGACCUGAAAGACCAAGAGGAAAUUUAUUUUCCAGGUAAUGAUGUGCCUGUAACAUCAGAGAAGGUGUUGAAGGAGGAAGAGAUCAUUUCAUUAGAUAAUAUUUUGGUAACAUCACGCGCCAUGGAACAUUCUGAAGAUUUUUUGAAGGAGAAGGAAGAUUUGAUUCAUGUCCAAGAUACUUCUUUAAGACCAGAUUCUAAGGACAGUCCUGCAGAUGCCUUGGUGGAGGUGAGUGAGGUUAGUCCAGUUAAUGGUGUGUCUGAAAUAUCAGAGAAGGUGUUAAAGGAAGAAGAUAUCACAUCAUUAGAUCAUCUUCUCUUAACAUCACGUGGCUUGGAGGAUUCUGCAGCUGUUAUGAAGGGGGAGGAAGAAGAUUUGAUGGUGGUAGAAGAGAAGGGGCUUCUUUGCCUCAGUAAUGUUACUUCAACAUCAGUUGCAGCUGAAACUCCUGAAGAUCUCUUAUUGAUGGAGACUGUUAUACAGGAGAAAGAAGAGCUGGUUCACCUCCAAGAUACUUCUUUAACACCAGAUUGUAAAGAAAGCCCUGCAGAUGCCUUGCUGGAGAAGACUGAACCUGUGUGCCUCAGUGAUGUUACUUCAACACCUUCAGAUGCUGCUGAAACUUCUGAACAUAUCUUACAGAGGGAGGAGAAAGAAGGGUUUGUUCACCUCCAAGAUACUUCUUUAGGUGAAGAUUCUAAGGAAAUUUCUACAGAUGCCUUGAUGGAGAAGACUGAGCUUACUAGCAUCAGUGAUGUUUCUAUUUCAGCAUCACCAGAUUUUGCUGAAACUCCUGAAGAUGUCUUAAAGGAAACUGAAAUGAUGCCCCUCCAUGAUACAUCUUCAGACGAGGUUCCUGAGUCAUUAACUACAACAAAUGAAACCCCUGCUGAGACGUCAAAGGAGAGGGACACAAACCAAACUGAUAUGACCUCUCUAGAAUCUGAAUAUGUGGUUGUAUCACCUUCAAAAUCUACACACUCUCUGCCUGAAGAUCCAACCGAAAACUGUGUGUCAGAAAACAAGGAAACAAAAGAUACAUUUCACACAGUUGCUUCAUUGUCUGAGAUGGCUUCUCACACAGAAGCUGCUCCUAAGUCAGAAUCCUCUUCUUUCAACUCAAUGUCAGUAGCAGCAGAAACAAACCUUGAUUCAGGUGAGUUGCUAGAUCUUGCGGACGCAUACAAUAAUAUCAUUGUACACAACGAGAGCAACAAGGACAGUAUCAGAGGAGCACAUAUUGAGGCAUGGAUGAGUAAAGACACUUCUAGAGUUAGCCAAGACCUUAAAGCACUCCUUACUCAACUAUCAUCCUCUCGGAUAAGCCCCAGGAUAUCUAUUGAUCAUCAGGAGACAAAGAACCUAGACUACGACAUGCAGCUGCUGAUUCAAAAGAGAAUGCUGGAAAGGAACGAGAGCACCUUAUCUUUGGAAGGAGUUUCUGUGAGCGAGAUAGAAGGAGAAAGUGAGAUUGAGAGGUUGAAAAGACAGGUUGAUCAUGACAGGAAGUUUCUCACUGGUUUGUACAAAGAGCUUGAGGAAGAGAGAAGCGCUUCGGCGGUUGCUACGAACCAAGCGAUGGCUAUGAUCACGAGGCUGCAGGAAGAGAAGGCUACAUUUCAGAUGGAAGCUUUGCAGAACCUUAGGAUGAUGGAAGAGCAAGCAGAGUAUGAUAUGGAGGCGAUACAGAAACUUAACGAGUUGCUUCUUGAAAGAGAGAAGGUUAUUCAAGAUUUGGAAGCUGAGAUUGAUUGCUUCAAGAACCAGACACCACAUAAGAAGCUAGAUGAAAAUGUGAUGAGCAACAAGGUGCAGAACUGUUUAGCUGGUUUCAAGGAAGAGAGAGACUAUAUCAACAGUUGUCUGAAGAAUAUUGAAAACAUGGUGCUGACAGAUGUAAAUGGUGAGGUUCUUGUUGAUAGCUUAGAAACACAAGAAUCUGUUACUGAGCUACGUGAGAGAGUGGAGAAGCUGAAGGGAGACUUGUAUUUCUUAGAGCAUGUUGUGAGUUCUCUUGAGCAUGGGAGUGAAGGUGUACAGUUUGUCAAGGAAAUAGCUUCUCAUUUGCAAAACCUCAGCAUGAAAAGACAUAAUCAUACUGAAAUUUGAUGCCGCUUCUACCUGUAAAGAACCUUCACAAAGAUAACUUUGUGGAGAAGAUAUUGCAGAGGAAUCUCAUAGAAGCCAAGAGUGAUGAAAAAGCUCAAGGAAUCUGUACAGCAUCUUCUUCAUGGCCUUUUCGCACUUUAUAUACAUAAUAAACUUAGUAUUUUACAGUUUCCAGGAAAAAUUCAUAUUUUUGGGUUUUGUGUUCAUAAUUUCCUUGUGUGUUUUCACUUUCUUUUUGUUUGUUUUGCAUUUCUUUGAUUGAAGAGUGAAUGUGUGUGUGUGUGUGUUGGGGGGGGGGGGGGGGGGGGGGGAGUUGUGCUGAAGUUCUCAUUUGAUAUUAUUCAAUUAAUUAGAUUGAUA